UUCCAAUCUUUUCAUGUCAAAGGCCGUCUGGUCGAACAAAAUUAAUCAUUACACGCGUUUUUAUUUUUGAAAUAUUUUUUCAAAUCCAAAAAUGUCAACCAAUUCAGAAACCGAUUGUAUCGAAUCUCGAGUUAUUGAUUUUCUCGAAAAUGCUAUCUCUUCGACGAAUGAAAGUGAAAAAGUAUCAUUCCUAAAUCAGGCUCAAGAAUUAGUCAUCCAUAAUGAUAUUUUGGAUAAUUUUCUUGAUGAAAUUCUUGGAUUUCAAAAUGAUAAAUUCUCUGAAGUUCGUAAAUUUGUUGCUGGUUUUAUCGAAGCGACCUGUAAAAAAGAUCCAGAUUUCUUCCCUAAAAUUAUUGUCAAUUUAAGCCUUAUGUUAGCCGAUGAAGUUCCCAAUGUUUUGAAACGUGUAAUUCAGGCUUUAACUCAAUUGUAUAAAAUAUUUUUACCAUGGAUUGCUACGGCCAAAGUAAAUGAAGAGGCUGAAUCGACUGGCGUUGUUUGGAAUCAGAUUAAAAAUCAAGUUUUCUCGCUGAUCGAUCUUACCGAAAACGAUGGUGUUCGUACACAGUGUGUCAAAUUUAUAGAAAUGGUAAUCGUAUGUCAGACCAGACGUGAUAACUUUUCCAAAGAAGUAGAUUUUUCCUUGGAUCAAAUCGUCAACGUAGAUAAAAAACUAAUCGACAUUGAUGCAUUGGAAGAUGAAGCAAAACAAUUGUUUGAACAAUUAAUCAAUUUUCAAUCAAAAAUUCAUAUUUCUAGCGUAAAUUUAAUGGCCACAAUGCAAAGUUUAUCGUUGAUUGCAAGACAACGUUCACGUUUGUUUUUCGACAAAGUUGUCUUAUCGUUUGAAGCACUGAGUACGAAUCUACCUCCAACAUUAGCUAAGUCGCAAGUUAAUUCUGUAAACAAACAAUUGAAACUUUUAAUGUUAAUGUUGUUCAAACAUCCUUACAUUCAAUUCUCAAAAUAUCAAUCAAAAAUAACGCAAACAUUGUUGAAUAUUGGCGUAAAACAAAGUGAAAUAAAUCGUUCUAUUCAGGAUUGUAAAAAACGUGGUAUCAAAAUCGAGGCCAGCAACAAUAAUAUUGCGAAUGAACCGAAACGAAUCAAAAUCGAAAUCGAUGAAGAUGAUGAAGAAAUGGAAAAUAAUAAUGGAAAUCAAGCACAGGAAAAUGAACAACCAAAAUUCAAUUUGGAUACUAGUCUUCAUGAUUUGUCCCGGAAAUUCUCUCGAUAUGAUGCUAUUAAAGCUGCUGAUAUAACAGCCAAAGAUCUAAUUGGCCGUCUAAAUAAUCCAAAUAUUAUCUGUGAUUUAGUUCUUACAUCAUUACAUUUAUUGCCUGAUGACUUGACGCCCGAAAUGACUAAUUUAUUCAAAGAUUUUUCAUUCACGUUGAAUGAUCCGGCAACUAUAGCAAAGAAAAUAGCAUUUUAUUUUACCGGAAUGGGUAUUGGACCAGGAAUCGAUGAAGUUAUUGCUAAAUAUAUGAAUCUAUUCGAAACACAAUAUCAUAUGAAAAUUGAUAACGAAACAAAUAAAAAAAUUACGAGUAUGGUUAAAAAAUUGAUAAGUCGUGAAAUGAAAAAUCAACAACAAAGUCAUAAUAAAGUUAAACUUGUACAAUCGGGUAAAAAAAUGACAUCGGCCGUAAAAAUUAAACAACUUAAAUUGGAAGAUAUAACUAAACCAUUAGAAUUGAAUGAAAAAAUUCGUCAUAUGGAAAAAUGUAUUGGACGGAUAUUGGUAUCAAAUCAAUCGGCUCAAUUUUCUGCUAAACAAUAUGAAAAUUAUCGUAAAAUAAUUGGAAAAUUGUCCUCCAAUUUCGUUACCUUUGAUUCAUUAAAAUCAUUGAUUAAAGAAUAUAUUUUUCAAGAUAUUCGUUCUCGAUAUGAUAUACUAUUCAAUGCUUUAUAUUUAGAAUAUAUUAAUUGUAAAUCACUACAUAAAUCAAUGAAAUCAUAUUCGGAUUAUCUAACUUGGAUAAUCGAAAGUGUACUGGAUACAUGCGAACAAAAUGAUAUUGAUUUUUUUCUACAAAAACUUUAUUUAGAAUCACCAUUGCUUGAUGAAAGAGCUAUUGAAAUGUUUAAGAAUUUUGUACUUCAUUCGGAAGAUUUUGAAUCAUCAUCAACUAUAUUAAGAAUAUUAGUUGAAAAAAGACCUGCUUAUCGUCGAGAAUUCCUCAAUUGUUUAUUACAGAUUUGUAUUGAAACAGAAAAUCCUGAAAUUCAUCAAUCAUCAUUGGCAAUGAUUAUUGAAAUUUAUCAGAAUUCUAAAUUCAAUCUAAAAGAAACGGCCGAAUCAUUUGCAUUAGAAUGUUUGAAUCUAUUGAAAAAUGAUACUUAUGGUCCGAAUGUAUUCGGUUCAAAAGAACCGAUUCCCUGGAAUGAUGAGGCAAUUAAAGUUGUAUUAGCUGUUUAUCUAAAAUUAUUACCUCUUAAUCAAAAAUUGAUACAUGAAUUACCGAAUGUAUAUGUAGCCACAAAUGCUCAUAUUAAACGUAUUAUUCUGCGAUUAAUUCAAGAACCAAUUCAAGAUAUCGAUAUGAAUUCAACGGAAAUAAUAAAAUUUGUUCAGAAUGGUUUUAUUGAGGGUGCAGAGAUUAUUGUUUCACGUGUGAUACAUAUACUUACGGAUAAACAAAAACCAAGUCCAAAAUUGGUUGCCUGUGUUAAGGAUUUAUAUCAGAAACAGAAACGUGUUACCGAUGUUCGUUUCUUAAUUCCAGUACUCAGUGGAUUUUCAAAACGUGAAAUUAUCGAAAUCCUACCACAACUAAUAAAAUUGAAUCCAAAUGUCAUAAAAGAAGUGUUCAAUAGAAUACUCGUUUCACAUGAUCCAUCGUAUCAAAGUCCAAUUUCACCUGCCGAUCUCAUGAUUGCAUUGCACAAUAUUGAUCCAUCCAAAUGUGAUUUGAAGACAAUCAUAAAAGCCAUACAUUUAUGUUUUGAAGAGAAAUCAUUGUUCACUGCCGAAGUUCUUGCUAUUGUUAUGCAAAUGUUAAGUGAACAAAAUCCAUUACCAACAUUAUUGAUGCGUACCGUUAUACAAACAUUAGGCCAUUAUCCAAGAUUAAUCAGUUUUGUUAUGAAUAACAUUCUUCAACGUUUAAUAUUGAAACAAGUUUGGAAUCAGAAAAAAGUAUGGGAAGGUUUUAUAAAAUGUUGUCAACGAACAUUACCACAAAGUUUUCCGGUACUAUUACAAUUACCACCAAUUCAAUUACAAUCGGUAUUUCAAACAAGUCCAGAAAUUCGUCCAUCAUUGAUUAAUUAUCUACAACAAAUGAAUGAACAACAAGUUGCAUUAAUACCACAAUCAUUAUUGGAUAUAAUAUUAUCAUCUGAAUAUGAUAUGAAUGCUAAUAAUCAAAUGCAUGAUUCGGAUGGCUAUCGACCACCACCACCAUCACAACAACAACCAAUCGAAUCAAUAACCGAUAUUGUUGAUUCUUAAUUUAUAAUUUUGACAAAAAAAAAAUUAUAAUUGUAA